UUCGCUAGACUGUAAGCUUAUCACAUGCAGGUCAACUUUUCCAACUCCAACUGAACACUUUUCUGCGAGCCUACCGCUCAGUUUUAUCUAUAGAAACCAAACAAAUAUUUUUUUCUGUAAAUACAACAAUAAAAAACUAAAGUUAAAAUCGACAACAUUUUGUUAAUGUCGAAGAAAAAAAGUGUUUGCAGACAGGAUUUUUGUGUGUGUUAAAAACUCAAUUUGCUGUCGCACUCGUUUCCUUAAAUAUCUUUUCAAUCAUUUGCAUUAAUAUAUGCAUGUACAUUUUUCGUGACGACCUUUAAAAUACUUAAUAAAUACUUAAUAAAUUCAGCAAAUAAUGGUUCCGGGGAGUAACGUUUCUCGACGAACAUUGCUUGAGCAGACCCUUUACGAAAUGUAGAAAGGAUCGUAGGUUACUGUCGGCAAACAAACUCAAGAACGAUUCCCAGCGACUUUACUACUACUUAAACAAGUACCGAAGAAUGAUAGGUGACAGCUUACACACUACAUAUUGUGUAAUGCUUUGGCUAAUAGUCCACGUCCUAAGGUCAAGAACAAAAAUAAAAGGCUAUUGAAAAGUAAGCUGUUCUUUCGAUAUCUUACACCAUCAGUAUUUCGAGGUCUCGCUUCAUGAACAUGGACCAGACACAUAAAGAAGUGCUGAGAAAACAUCGCCUAGACUUGUCGAAUCAGCUUUUAAUUGGCGACACUAUCGUCCAUUUUCUUUAUCAAGAAAAUAUUUUAACAGAGAAUCACGUAGAAGAGAUACAGGCCCAAAUAACAAACAAGAAGAAGACACUGAGGCUGCUGGAUAUCCUCCCCACCCGAGGCCCGCAAGCUUUUGACACUUUUUUGCAGUCUCUGGAGGAGGAGUUCAUCUGGAUUAAAGACAAACUACUCCAAGAUCUGGACACAAAUGCACAUGAGAUAAGUUUAACAACUGACUGGACCUUACCCGAGGAGGUUCUCCGGAACGUUCCAUCCGACAGACAGCUGUCCCGCCUGGCGUCUCGGCUUGGUCCGCAGUGGGAGUCUGUCCUCCUGGACCUGGGCCUUUCUGCGGGAGCCCUGUACCGUUGCCGUGCCGACCACCCCUUGAGCGUGCAGGGGCAGGUCCUGUCGGGUCUGGUCCAGUGGAGACAGUCCCAGGGCCGGAGCGCCACCGUGGCCCGGCUGCUCCAGAGCCUUCGGGCAGCGGACAUCCACCCCUCUGCACUGGAAGAGGUGUUCCAGUGAGGAGCAGCAGGUCAUAGGGUUCCCAUUCCCUACCCUCACCCUCCAACCUUUGCCUGAUAUACCACUGGAUAACUAGGGGCCUUCUCCUGCUUGUAAGAUACCAGAGGGUCACGUUUCCCCCUCUCCCCACCCAUGGAGAAAUUGGGUCUGUUCUAUUUUCCCCUUUCUAGACUGCAGCCAUCCGAACCUGCCCUGAGCCGGUAAGGUCUUGGUGCCCCCACCCUGCUUGCUGCAGAGACAGAGUUCCCCACAGUGGCAGCAGGGGCUAAGGAGAUUACAACCAGACCAUGCAGGUAUUUGCACUAGGUCAAUAGGUGUGAAUUUCUGAUAAUUAUUUUUGUACAGACUGAGAAGGCCUGAUGGAAAGGUGCUUUUUUGGAAACCACGUGUUUGUAAUGUAAAAAAAAAAGACAAAAAGUGAGAACAUGAUAUGUUCAAUAAAUGUGUGUG